CCAGGGGGAGAAGCAGCAGGAGGAGCAAGGGGAGUAGGAGCAGCAAGAGGAGAAGCAGGAGGCAACACCGGUGAAGAGCAGCAGCAGGGGUGAUAUUAACAGAGAGCAGCAGGAAGAGCAGCAGGUGGGAAGCGGAGAGUAGGUGAGACACUUGAACCAGGGGUAGCAAAAGCAGGGGAGGGAGCAGCACUAGAAGCAGACGGUGAAGCAAGAGAAGGCGCAGGAGAAACGGGAAGUAGGAGAAGCGGUACAUUACAGGAGAAACAGCGGGAGCAGGAGACAACGGGCAAAGUAGAAGGGACAAGCAGGGUUAAGAAGCAGGCGGACGAGAAGCAGGAGAGGCAUCUUCAGCAGCGGGAGAAGCCACGUGGGAAGCAGGGGCCACAGUGGUAGUCUGACCCACAGCUCUAGAGAAGCAAGAGCGGCAGCAGCUAGAAGGAAGUUGGAGAAGCAACUGUAAGGCGGCGUCGUCCUCCUCCUCCUUAUCAUCAUCGACUUCAUCGUCUUCAUCGUGAGCAGGAAGGAGGCAAUGGGCGAUCAGCUGGGCGUCCCCGGCGGACUGGACGCCUUCUCCCAGGCCAUCGCGUCCGUGCACCAGCUGCGCUCCAGCGUGAGCCGCCUCUUCAGCAGCCUCAAGGACGGCAUGAGGAGCAGGGAGACGCUGGAGGAACGCGAGAAGGAGUUCGCACUCGAGUUCCAGGAGAACCUCAACGGGGUCAACAGAGACCUCAAUGACCUGGACCGUCUGUGCAACCUCGUCGGCCGUCCGUCGGAGAGCCACCCCCUGCACAACAGUGGCCUCCUCAGCCUUGAUCCCGUGCAGGACAAGACUCCUAUCUACAGCCAACUUCUGCAGGCUCACAAGUGGUCGAACAAGCUCCAGUGGCACGCGAACCUGGCGUGCAGUCUGCUCAACCAGCAGUCGCUCAAGCGCUCCUCGGCGCAGAUCAUCGUCACGGCCAAGCGGCGCAUGAAGGUGCAGCCGACGAGCCUCACCAUGCCCACCCAGUACGUGGACGAGGUGAUCACACGCAUGGAUCGUCUGUUCGGCGACAUGUCCUUCACGCUGUCGAGGCCCAGCGGAACAUCGGCCAUCGUUGUGAUCUCCCUGGGGAAGGUGCUUCGAGCGCUGGUGGUGAUGCGAAGCCUCAUCCUUGAGCGUGUCGUUGUCAAGGCUCUUCACGAGAACAUUCAAACCGAAGAUGGCAAGUUGGAUUUGUGGUCCAAAUCGCGUUACCUGGUAUUUCAAAAGGUGACUGAUCAUGCCACAGCUGCCUCUCUGCACUAUCAGCUCCCACAUUUGCCAGAAGUAGUCAUCCGCUCUUUCAUGAUGUGGAUGCACAGCUACAUCUCUUUGUUCCAAAGCACGUGUCAACGCUGCGGCAAGCAGCUGCAGGAUGGUCUUCCGCCAACGUGGAGAGAUUUCCGCACCCUCGAGGCUUUCCACGACACCUGCCGCCAGUAGCACACACCUGAGCGUCUGGGAGGACUCUGGGGUAGAAUGUUGAACCCAGGUUAGAUACGUUUGUACUCAGCCGUCCGAUGUCGUUUUCAGGUUGUACCGAGUGUUGUUCAGCGCGAUGUCCCGAUGUUUCGUUCCACCUGCUGGGAGAUUUUUUUGGGGAAUUGAAUUGAGCAGCCCACCUACACCGUCAGUCGUAUAGUGUUGGCCAUUGUUGAUGAAGUUGCUGGUUCCAUUUCGCUGAGCUCAGCUUUCUGACGUAUGGCCGGCAAGUGGGCGUAUUUCGCUAGCUGGUGCACGGAAACGUCGGGCAUCAUGCCAGUCAACAUUUGGUACAACCCAAAAACACAUCGGAGACCUAUAAGGUACAACCGCAUAAAACCUACGCGGUAAAUGUUGUACUUUCUGGUACAGUAAAACCUUGGAUUGCGAGUAACUUGGUCUGCGAGUGUUUUGCAAGACGAGCAAAAAUUUUAAGUAAAUAUGAAUUUGAUAAACGAUCGAGGUCUUGCAGUACGAGUAGUACGUAUACGCUUUGUUUGCCGAGCGUCACGUGAUCACAACUGAUAUACGAGUGCUUUGGAUUACAAACACGUUUCCGGAACAAAUUAUGCUCGCAGUCCAAGGUUUUACUGUAUUUUUUUUGUCCAUGUACAGCGUUUUGUCAACCGACUACUGGAUGAGGGCCUGUUCACGCCUUGUCGGUCGUUGGGGUUAUUUAACCAUAACUUCACCACAGUGCUUGUUGGUUAAAGUAACCAGUUUCAUAGCACAUUAUUUGGCACAGUGCGCUAUAACAUGUGGGAGUACCUCAACACUUUUACCCUACCUAUACCAAUCGUCAAGCUGUGGUACAGACACAUUUGCCCAGUGCUUGAACUGCCGUGCUGCUGGGAGAUGGAAUCGAAGCGGCGACCUCUGGAUCGCAAGUCGAGUGCGCUCACCAUCACACCACGGCAGCAUCCACUUUAAAGCGAUGUACAAUAACUUGAGGUUUAUAUUGAUGAUCCUCGUAGAAACUGACGCGCAUGCAUUCACAUUGGAGCCUGGCACGGCAGCGUGUAGUAAUUGUGAUAGGGAAUUGUUAGUCUUGGAGGUAAUUAGGUAACCACUCAAUUAGUAACAGAUGGGGAGAGGGGGGGAGUUGGGUCUUUCAAAUUGUUAAUAUUUUGUAGGCAGCGUUCUGCAUUUAAUAAAUAUACCACGUGGCCAUAUUUUUCUGUGUGUGAUUUCCUUUAUGAAGCAUGAAUUAUUAAAGUGGUUUGAGCAAUCGUA